AUGAUGUUCUCGUUCAGGUUAAGGCUUGUGGUGUGUGUGGAACUGCACAUCCACGAGGGUGAAUUCAUCGCUAAGUUCCCGUUGAUCCCCGGACACGAGACUGUCGGUGUGGUCGCUGCCGUUGGCAAGGAUGUCAAGGGUUUCGCCGUUGGUGACCGUGUCGCUGCCGACAACAGUGAGCUCUGCAAUGAGUGCUUCUACUGCAGACGCGGACAGCCUUUGCUCUGCGAGAACUUCAAUGCCCACGGUGUCACCAUGAACGGCGGCUUCGCCGAAUACUGUGCCUAUCCCGCGGCCAAGGUCUUCAAGAUCCACAACCUCUCAUGGGUGGAUGCCACUCUCCUUGAGCCCGCAUCUUGUGCGUGUCACGGUCUUGAGAAGAUUCGCCCUAAGCUGGGCUCACACGUUCUCAUGUUUGGUGCUGGUCCCACUGGUCUGAUGCUUGCCCAGCUCCUGCGACAGAAUGGUGGCUGCAAGGUCACCAUUGCUGCUCCUGGCGGUCUGAAGAUGGACUUGGCCAAGAGCCUUGAAGCCGCGGAUGAAUAUCUGGAACUCUCUCGAUCUGACCCCGCGAAGCAGUUUGCCAAGUUGAGAGCGGAGAACCCCUAUGGAUUCGAUAUCGUUGUUGAGGCCACUGGCUCGGUCGGUAUCCUUGAGGACUCCAUCAACUAUGUCCGACGAGGCGGCACUCUGGUCGUCUACGGUGUCUAUUCCAACGCCGACCGGGUAUCCUGGCCCCCAUCCAAGAUCUUUGGUGACGAGAUUACCAUUCUGGGGUCAUUCUCAGAGACAUACAUGUUCCCUGCCACUAUUGACUACCUCGACUCCGGCAAGGUGAAGACGGCGGGCAUUGUGAACAAGACAUUCAAGCUCGAGCAGUUCGGCGAGGCCCUGCAGAGCAUCAAGGACAAGACUGCCAUCAAGGCCGCUAUUGUCUUUGAGGACGAGACUCCUGAGACCAACGGCGUUUCUGUCCCCGAGGUCGAGACCAAUGGCGUUUCUGUCCCUGAGGCUGAGACCAACGGCAUUUCUGCCCCUGAGGCUGAGACUAAUGGCACUUCUGUCACUGAGGAGCCUGUCAACGGCGUUUCUGUUCCCGAGGAGAAGGUCGAGGAAGUUCCAGCCGCAGAGGAGAAGUUUGAGGAAGUCCCAGUCGCAGCGGAGAAGCUUGAGGAUGCUCCGGUUGCUGAGGAGAAGGUUGAGGAUGCACCCGCUCCCGAAUCCAAGGCAGAGGAGAAGGCCGCCGAGAAGACCGAAUAA